CGCCGGGGGGCCAGGGGCGGAGGGGCGGCGGGAGCCCCGGCCUGGCAGCGCGGCUUCAAGUUUCCACCGGCGCGCGGUUGUGCAACAGCCUCGGGAGCGGGAGCCGCGGGCGCCUCGGAAAACAAGCCGAGCCCAUAAACAAAGCCACGUGGGCUCCGGCGGGGGGGCCGGGCUAAGAGCAGGCGGCUCUUCCGGCAACAAAGGGCCGGGGCCGGCGGCCCGCGAUAAAUACUGCGGCCGGGACGGCGGCGCGGCACACUGGCCAGCCCCGCGCGCCCUGCGGCCCUCCCCGGCGCCGCGCCCUCUCCGAGCCCAGGCGCUCGGCUCCGCGGCCCCCGAACCCGCAGCCCUCCACGCCGCCUCCCUGCAGCCGCCCCCGCGUCGGCCCCAGCACCCCUGAGGGUCCGUCCAGGGCAGCGCGUCCCCGAGGCCGCCCCGCCGGUCCUGUCCGUCAGUCCGCCGAGUCCGACCGUCGCGUCGCCCCCGGAGCCAUGCCAUUCCUCGGGCAGGACUGGCGGUCCCCCGGGCAGAGCUGGGUGAAGACGGCCGAUGGCUGGAAGCGCUUCCUGGAUGAGAAGAGCGGCAGCUUCGUGAGCGACCUCAGCAGUUAUUGCAACAAGGAAGUAUACGAUAAGGAGAAUCUUUUCAACAGCCUGAACUAUGAUGUUGCAGCCAAGAAGAGAAAGAAGGACAUGCUGAAUAGCAAAACCAAAACCCAGUAUUUCCACCAAGAAAAAUGGAUUUAUGUUCACAAAGGAAGUACUAAAGAGCGCCAUGGCUAUUGCACUCUGGGGGAAGCUUUCAACAGGCUGGACUUCUCAACUGCCAUUCUGGACUCCAGAAGAUUUAACUACGUCGUACGGCUGUUGGAACUGAUAGCAAAGUCACAGCUCACAUCCUUGAGUGGCAUCGCCCAAAAGAACUUCAUGAACAUUUUGGAAAAAGUGGUACUGAAAGUCCUCGAAGACCAGCAAAAUAUCAGGCUAAUAAGGGAACUACUCCAGACCCUCUACACGUCCUUAUGUACGCUGGUCCAGAGAGUCGGCAAGUCUGUGCUGGUCGGGAACAUCAACAUGUGGGUGUACCGGAUGGAGACCAUUCUCCACUGGCAGCAGCAGCUGAACAAUAUCCAAAUCACCAGGCCUGCCUUCAAGGGCCUCACCUUCACCGACCUGCCUUUAUGCUUACAACUGAACAUCAUGCAGAGGCUGAGUGAUGGGCGGGACCUGGUCAGCCUGGGCCAGGUGGCUCCUGACCUGCACGUGCUCAGUGAGGACCGUCUGCUGUGGAAAAAGCUCUGCCAAUACCACUUCUCUGAGCGGCAGAUCCGCAAGCGAUUAAUUUUGUCAGACAAAGGACAGCUGGAUUGGAAGAAGAUGUAUUUUAAACUUGUGCGAUGUUACCCACGGAAAGAGCAGUAUGGAGACACCCUUCAGCUUUGCAGACACUGUCACAUUCUCUCCUGGAAGGGCACUGACCACCCGUGCACAGCCAAUAACCCAGAAAGCUGCUCCGUUUCCCUUUCACCCCAGGACUUUAUCAACUUGUUCAAGUUCUGAAUCCCAGCACAUGACGACACUUCAGACGGGUUCCCCGGCUGAUUGGAUUCUUGGGAAUACAGAGUUUGGACACUUCAUUUGUAAAUAGUGUACAUUUGAAAUGCUGGCUCAAAACUUCUGAGAUAAGUCACUGAGAGGAUGUUGGAAGGGGAGAGAUGCAGUUGCUGGCUGGGAAUUUAAGACUAUGGACUUCUCAUUAGAAUUGGUAUGGAAAAUCAGAAAUACUGUAAAUAAAUUUUUUCCCUAUUUGCCGGCAAGACUAUAAGGGCAGGAAUUCAGUGUCAUCGGUGAAAAUGGAAUUUCCUUGACGUUCACUGAAAUGCCUUUGUAGUUCCCUAGGGAUGUGGAAGAAAAGGGCAGAACUCGAAUACAAGAUAGAACACUCUCUGUUUACAAUGUGAAAUUUUGCUUAAAGAAAGGAAGAGAAGAAGAAAACUUCAUUAUAUAUGAGAAGUCCCCGCGCUUUGGUUUCGAUUUUGGGGGGUUUGUUUUAAAAAGGCAAAGGAAGCACCACCCAUCUUAACCCGUGUGGGCACAAGGCCUUAUCUUGCAAAUAUAUCACACAAUAGUCUACCUCGGAAAGUAUGCAAUGCCCUCUCUGACAAAGCGCAUUGUCCAGUAGGCAGUGUCUGUUUUUCUUGGUUUUUCAUCACCUGAAAGUGGUUUCAAUAGGAAAGGGAUACUGGAGGCAAUCCUCAUCAUGCCUGAGACUUCCUUUUUAGGCGAAUAAGAACUUCAGAGUUGCCUCUUUUCUAGAACAGCCGCACAGCGCGUAUGCCUCUUUCCCUUUCGUGCUGUAGCUCAUUCAGGGCAACAUAAGGCCAAUUAAAAACAGUCCCAGAGGAAGUCCUACCGCAGAAGAGAUAGAAUUAGUCACCCAAUAGCUGUGAAGACUUUCUAUUCCUGUUUAACUUCUUGGUUUGUCUGGGCUUCCUGGAAUAUCUUCUCGGAUAAGCAUAUCUGUGGACUGGUCGGAGCCGGAGUGCUGAUAAAAGCUUGUAAAACAGGUUUUACAUAUCAGUUAAACGUGUUUCCAGCUGCUGUUCCUCAUGACAGGGGAUGAGUUGAGGGGCUUUGUUUUCUUUUUGCCCAACAUCAAAAUUCAGUCAACCUAAGCUAGCACUUCUUGCAAGGAUGACAAGAGAAAGCCUGGAGUUCCAAUCACAGGGAACAGAAGUACUGUGAGUUCAUCCUACACUUGCUACAUACCCCUGGGGAUCUUGCGAGGCAAAUAUCAGCAGGUAGCUGUGUAGAGGAAAGGGAAUCUCAGGACUUAAUGAGUUCAUUGUCAAAUAUUCCUGGGAUGGGGUAGGGGAUGUUUGGUUUUUUUUUACUUUUUAUAGAACUUUGCUUUUCUACAACAAUGUACAUAUCUUGGCCGUUGUAUUUGCUUCAUGCUUUUUUUUUUUUCCUCUCACGCAAAUAAAGUUGCCACUCUGCAUGGCCUUGGCGCAUAGGUGAAGCAGAGAUAGGAAACCUGCUCACAUUCACAUUGAAGAACAGGGUAUCCUUAGGGAUUGAACCUUGGGGUGACCAGAUGAGGGGAGAGAUGGUUAAGCACGUACAGAAACGAGGCAAGGGACCGGCCGGUGAUGCGAAGUCCCUUCAUGCCCAUCCGUCAGUGCACAGUCCACGACUCAGCAUCCCAAAGAGAAGUCAACCAUUAGUCCCCUCACUUUGCAAUGCCUGUGUCUACACCCCAGCAUGUCUCCACAUUUCCUUUCCUCAUCACCCCUGACAGAAGAAAAAAUUAAAUUGAAUUUAAAUUCUCCCCACUGUGACAAAUAUUAAAGAAUAAGAUUUUGUUGGGUAAGGUUGAGCUUUAGGAACCCCUGUAUUACCUGAUGGGAUUUUUGCUUCCCCUUCCCCCCUGAGUCAGAGUCACAUUGAGGAUGCAGGGCCUAAGUGGGGAAUAAAAAGCUGGCACUUCUAUAAUUCAGAGACGUGCCCUCAAAUGUCUCAGCUUCCUUAAAGAUGUGGGGCAGAGCUGGGUUAAUUGUUGCUCUAGAUGCUGGAACCUUUAGCUCUGACAUUUUUAGGUUUAGGCAUCCAUGGCCUUCCACAUCUGCCCAUCAACUCAUGACCUCUGCCCCUUCAUGCUGAUCAGGGAGGUGGAAACUCCUGGGUACCCUCAGGUUUACAGUCCCGGAAAUGUUGCCUGCUUUCGACUGUCAGCACAAAAUUGCCAAACCAGUCUCAUCUGGACUUUGUGCAAUGCCCACGAUUGCACAUCCUAUGCCAGGCAGCAAGGCACAUCUGUGCAGGAUGACUCCUACUGCCAAGCGGUGGGGUUAUGGUUUUCUGAGAUGUUUACCUUGAUGGUGCCUCUGGGCUCUCCCCAUCUCUGUUGGCAUUUUUGGAGGUGGUGUGAAGCAGAGUCAAGGAAAAAUUUUAAGGGAGAAAAGAAACCAACGCUCUUGGUUCUCUUUCAUUGGGAGAGGAGAAUAAGAAAGGAAAUGGUAGGUGGAGAGGGACAGGGGAAGGAAUAGAAAUGGCCUAUCUUUGAUGUUGUGGUUUGUAUGAAGGCAUUGGAGAAGAACAAAGUGGGUGCAGGGCAUCUGUGUUGGCACCACAUGGCAGCUGUUAAGCAUGGUCAGAGCCUCCCAUGUAAGUAAAGUGAGUGAAAAAGAAAAUACUUGUUCCCUGGGUACCAAUCAUCUAGAGAAUUUCUAUUGGCAAACCCUCUCGGGACAACCUAACCUCAAAACAAAACAAAACACACAAAGAAUCCCUGUCUUCCAAACUACUGGUCUAAAAGCCAGAGGGACAGGACGAUGGAAAUUGCUGGAAGAAAUAGAAAGCUCUCCUCUCUUUGCUGUACCUACCUACUACCCCCGACCCCAACCCUGUGAUGUAGAAUUUGAAAUUGAUGUCGACUAUGAAGUAAUGCGGACUUCCAGAGAAAGAAGGAGUGUGUCCAGGGCAGUGUGAGGAAGUCCACAGGGAUGUUCUGUAUGAUGAGCUGGUCCAACAUAAAGGUGUAUGAGCAGUGAGCCUAGAGUCUCUUAAGAGUAAGGCACAAUGUUUGGGGAAAGAAUAUGUGAGUGCUCACUUCAUAGCAAGAUCCGGAAGAAGGUCCAAUGACAUCUUAAGCCAGGUUGCAUUAUUAAUGCUAUUACUCUGAGGAGACAGAUCAGUGGCGUGGGAGGGUAAGUGGCAUAAAAUACAAAGUGAAAAACAUCCCCAGGGCAUCGGGUAUGAGAUGACAUUUGUUCAGUAAUGAUCAAUUUUAUAUUGAAGUGGCUGGGAGGAGAUACUUGAGAUGCGCUGGGUUGACAUUGCAGAACACUCAGCAACAGUGGGCCUUCCUUGAGGACAUGACUUGGUAACAAGUUGUGUACUGUGUUACCACCAUGAUUCUCCGUGGAUUCAAAAACUUUGCUCAUAAGGAGCCUACGAUUAACAGAGGCUCUGUUUUUCUGUUGUUUUCUAUGUGGGAGAAGGGAGGGGGCUUAGAGUAUCAUUUGUCUAAGCAAGUGGAGUGAUUCACAAGGUCAAUCAUUUCAAGGCAUGUUCAACAAUGUAUCAUUUGUAGCACUCAAUACAAUGUUUAUCAUAAAAUAUGCACCUGAGUUUAUAUUUUUCUGCCAGGCUAUAGGGCAAUAAUGUUUUGCUAUGCACUCUAUUUUGUGUGAUUUUUUUUAAACUGUAAUUUUAUGUGUGAAUUUUUUUUAACUAAACUAUAUCAAACGUAUUCUAUGUGGACAUCUGGGGUUUUUUUUUUUGUUUUUUGUUUUUAUCUGUUUCCAACUAUCUGAGUCUGUGAACCAUCCUUCUGACUGGAUGCUGGCCUAAAAUCCUAUUAGUGUUUAAACAGACCUCAGAAACACCCUGAACCUCUAGACAAACGCAAAGCCAUGGCUCUUUGAUAUAUCUUGGGCUCUUGAUGUCUUCAGUAAACAAGAUCAUAACUCCUUUAAACUCCACGUUUUCUCUAGAGGCUUUCUUCUCUUUUUUUUUUUUUUAAUUUUUUUAAUUUUUUUUAUUUUUAAGAAGAGUAAACCCUCUGUGGUUUUCCAAAGGAAGGAAACUCCUAUCCCAGACUUUAAUGCUAGAAGGGAAGUGAAAGAUGGUGGAGUCUGGCAUUCCUUCUGCCUUUCAGCAUGAGGUAGUGGGUCCACAAUAUCCAGGGGACAAGUCUGAGCCCAUCUGGUACUCAGUGGUAGACCUGAGUAUAAACCUGGGACUUUCUGAGGUCUUUACUUUGUGCCCCCUACCCAGCAUCUUUUGCUAUGUCUGGAGACACGUGAUACCUGACCUGAAUCUUCUCAACACCUUUGCCGUGGAAGGCAAGCAUGAGAGUCCAGUGUUAGGCAUGUGGCCAUUAUCUUUUCCAAAUAUUUUAAGCCCCUGGUUCUCUAUGGAGAAAUUCACAUUUCUCCCUGGAGCCACUUAACAUUUUUACAAACCUCUGACUCUAUUGUGAGGACAGCAUUCUAGUGAGUACAACCUGCUCGCCAUAAAGUAAGCAGCAUGUUCUGACAAAUCUACUUUUCCCUGGGUACUUGCAUUUUAAUUCCAAAAGUGGCCCUUAAGACAGAAAACGGCUGAGCGGCCAGCUUGCUUUCUAGAAACUGAGGUUCUGAAACCAAGCUUGGGAACCAAGCAGGUAUUUCCUCUCUUAGACUAAGAGGUACAUUUAAUCCAUACCCUCAUCUCCCCAUCUUCCGGCACCUGGCAUGAGAUCCAGUGAGCUUCUGUCCCAGUGCAGACCCUCCCACUCUCUGCUAAACCUCAUCUUCACUAAGCAAAGAGGGAUUAUUCCAAGAGGCAGCAAAGAGCGAGGGACCACAGAUACUUCUGACUUUGUCUGCUGGACAUUUUUCAAAGUGUCUCUGAACUCAGCAAACAAAGCCUCCUGAGAAAUCUCUCAAAACUCAGGUCCUGCUCCAUUUGUCCCAAAAUGGAUAGCUGCUCCAAAUCUCUGAACUUCUUAAAACUCCAUCUGCUACAACAUUACUUCUGGAGUCUGAACAUGACUUUUUCUGUCUUUGAGUAUAGCAAUGUUUGUUUAAUUAACGAUGUACAAGUCUGUUAAACAGAAGGCUCCAAGUACUAGUCUAUGCUUGCGAACUCUUGGCACUAGCUUUAUUCUACCAAGUGCCAAUAACCCUGGCUAAAGGGGGUGUAUAUUCAAGUCCACGUCCUAAGUCGAGAAGCUUUACUCCUUUCAAUAAAAAAAUGCUAUAAGGGGUUGAACAUUGUAACUAAAAGUAUGAGGUUAGACUAAUUACAUACAAAAAAUGUUUAUUUAAUAUUGUGUGAGCUAAGCCCUCCUGUAUAAAUUAUUUGCACACUUUUCUUGCAUGAUGAAUUGAUUUUUUUAUAGUUGUUUGUACCAGACGGUGGCAUAUUUUUGUAAAGAUUUUUUUGACACUGAAUUGCAAUAAAUGUUUUUCCAACAACA